GGGAAAGGGAAGCGAGUAGGAGGGCUCCUGGCCAAGCAGAGGAUCGUGCUGAGCUGAACUCAGCUGGGGUUACAAGCUCAAGGCAAGACUUCUGACGCUCCCCAAAGAGACUGGAUUUGCCUGCUUGGCUCAGCUCACCCUACAAUGCGGACUUUGCCCCUCCAGGUCAGGACUGGAGUUUUAAAAUAAAAUGGAUGAUUUGACGUUACUUGAUCUUCUGGAGUGCCCCAUGUGCUUUGAAAAGCUUGAUGUCACAGCCAAAGUCCUCCCUUGCCAGCACACCUUCUGCAAACCAUGUCUCCAGAGGAUUUUCAGGGCCCACAAGGAGCUGAGGUGCCCCGAAUGCAGGACCCUGGUGUUUUGCAGCAUCGAGGCACUGCCGGCCAACCUGCUGCUCGUGCGUCUUCUAGAUGGUGUGCGCUCGGGGCAGAGCUCAGGAAGAGGGGGCUCCCUCCUCAGGCCUGGCGUGCUGACCCCGCAGGACAGCAGGAAAAGCAGGACUAACCCCAGAGGUCUGCAGUCCAGCCCUUUCCGGCUGGUGCCUAAUAUCAGAAUCCACAUGGACGGGGUGCCUCGGGCAAAAGCCUUAUACAACUACCGAGGGCAGAAUCCUGGUGACCUGAGGUUUAAUAAGGGAGAUGUCAUCCUUCUCCGGAGACAGCUGGAUGAGAACUGGUACCAAGGGGAAAUCAAUGGAGUCAGUGGGAUCUUCCCAGCUAGCUCCGUGGAAGUUAUCAAGCAGCUGCCCCAGCCACCCCCACUCUGCCGAGCGCUCUACAACUUCGACCUACGACACAAAGACAAGAGUGAGAACCAGGACUGCCUGACCUUCCUCAAGGAUGAUAUCAUCACGGUGAUCAGCCGAGUGGAUGAGAAUUGGGCAGAAGGCAAGUUAGGGGAUCAAGUAGGCAUCUUCCCGAUCUUGUUUGUAGAGCCAAACCUCACUGCAAGACACCUUCUAGAGAAGAACAAAGGCCGGCAGUCAGCCCGCACGAAGAGCCUGUCACUGGUGCCCUCAUCCUCCCAAGGCAAAGCAACCAACACGCCCACCCUGCGAAGGGGAUCUGGGCCCAGGAGGAAGGGGCCUGGCCAGUUCUCCAUCACAACAGCCUUGAACACUCUCAACAGGAUGGUCCAUUCUCCCUCGGGGCGCCAUAUGGUGGAGAUCAGCACCCCAGUGCUCAUCAGCUCCAGCAACCCCUCUGUGAUCACCCAGCACAUGGAGAAAGCAGAUGUUCCUCCCAGCUCUGUGGGGCAGGUCAGCACUUACCACCCUGAACCUGCCUCCCCAGGACAUUCCACGGCCAUCGUCAGUCUGCCCGGCUCCCAGAAACACCUCUCAGCGAACAUGUUUGUAGCCCUGCACUCCUACUCAGCCCAUGGACCGGAUGAGCUGGACCUGCAGAAGGGAGAAGGCAUCAGGGUCCUGGGCAAGUACCCAGACGGCUGGCUCAGGGGCGUCUCCUUGGUCACUGGGCGGGUCGGCAUCUUCCCCAACAACUAUGUCAUCCCCAUUUUCAGAAAGACAUCUAGUUUUCCAGAUUCUCGGAGUCCUGGUCUCUACACCACAUGGACAUUAUCCAACUCCUCUGUGUCAUCCCAAGGCAGCAUUUCAGAAGGUGAUCCCCGGCAGAACCGGCCCUUCAAGUCCGUCUUUGUGCCCACCGCCAUAGUCGACCCUGUGAGGAGCACGGCCAGCCCAGGGACUUUAGGACGGGGCUCUCUUCGGAAAUCCGGGCAGAGCAGCAUGAGAAAGAAUGGAUCCCUGCAGAGACCCGUCCAGUCAGGGAUCCCCGCCCUCAUGGUGGGCUCCCUCAGACGCAGUCCCACCAUGGUCGUACGGCCUCAGCAGUUCCAGUUCUACCAGCCGCAGGGGGUCCCCUCCUCAGCCUCGACAGUGGUGGCCGAACUGGGACCUAAGCCCACUCCCACUGGGGAGCCUGCCCUCACAUGCGUCAGCAGGGGCAGUGAUACCAGGAUCCACUCUGCAGCCAGUUCCCUCAUCAUGGAAGGCAAGGAAAUCCCCAUCAAGAGUGAGCCUCUACCUAAACCACCUGCAUCUGCCCCACCAUCGAUCCUGGUGAAACCAGAAAACUCAAGAAAUGGCGUCGAAAAGACCCUGCCUUGGUCAUCUUCCCAGGAGGAGCUAGCAACAACUGGGAUACUGAAGAGAACACAUCAUCUGCUUGGAUAGAAACUGCUCAAUGGAGUUUGUGGACCAUGUGAUAGUCCUCAGACAUCAGGGAUGGUACCGGAAUACCAAUAGGCCGGCCUCUGGGGCAGAAGGGCAAGAGGAGAAGGAACACAUCUGUCCUCAUCUAGAGCAUCUGUGGGUGGUGAGCCGGAGAGGGAACAGCGCAUGACUCACAGGCUGUUCCAGGUUACAGCAAACUCCCACCCCUCCUAUUAUUCUGUUCUUUUGUCAGAGCCAAACUUUAUCUUGCCAAUUUCUCACACCUUGGCACCUAACUGACAAAUGAAAAGACUAGACAUCAAAUUCCUUCCAGCUCUGUGACUGGCCAGUCUGUGCAGCUCACCUUUGGAGCAGUGUGGGCAGGGGCUGGCAUGAUAUUCUCCUCUUGGACAGUCAAGCCAAAGAGGCCAGUGCCUCUUCACAAGGCCCCUAGCUCUAACCCCCUCUCCUGACUCCCAGCAAACAUCCUGAGUCCUUCCACCACAUCUGUGUUCUUUUCUAAUCCAAUUCCAUGCUAUCUUCCCCCCACCCCCGACACUGAUCAAGAGGGUUUCUGCUAGAAUAUACUGAUUAAAGAAAUGAGGACUUGGUACAUAAAGAAUUUCAGAACAAAAAUCCAUGAAGAGAGCUACCACAAACUACAGAGAGGCUAUUUGAAGUCUAAAGAUACAAAAUCACUUAAACCAUGUAUUCUUUUUUGCUCAGAAACAAGUCAUUUUAAAGGGCAAGUCAUUAGAAGAUCUUCUACGCCUGGUUUAAAAAACUCUAAAAUACAAAUUUUACAACCAGCAUGGGGCUCAAACUCAACCCUGAGAUCAAGAGUCGCACGGUCUCCCAACUAAGCCAGCAAGGUCCCCUACCCUAAAAUACAAAUUUUAAAUUAUCCGUGUUAACCAGAGAGAGCCACAGUCCUGAUAAAUGCAAUUUAGAAGUAGCCUGAGACUCCUCGGGCCAUCCCCUAUCUUAAGACAUCGAUGAGAAUUUCAUUUUUAAAAGCACAUGCUCCCUGAUUAUUAAAGACAAUGACAAGAACACAACAGUAUUUGGAUACAUUGGUUGUUUUAAAGUUCAGGAUUGUAAUUUUUCACAGAAACCACGUCAACCUGUCAUGGAGUCCUGCUUGUAAGCAGGAGCAAGCAUCAGCCAAACCCUGAGCAGAGUAAGGAAUAUAUUUUGUGGUUACAGGAAUGCUUUCUUCUAUGUGAAGCUGCCGCAUGCAGGACUCAAACUACCACCCAUCUCUUAAUUAAAUGAGUAACUUGGACUUUUUAGCCACACCUUCCUCUCAGUUAACCCCAGGGGAAAGUGAUAAUAAGCAACAACAACCCCAAAGUAAUUGGCUUUAUCUGCCAGGUGGUGAGUGAGAAGCUAAGAGGUAUGGAGAGACCACAGAAAGGAUAAUUCAGGGAUGACACUGCCUCUCACACAUGGUCAGUGAUGCUGUUGCCAACUGUCUGUCGUCCCUUCUCUCUUAACUCCUCUGACUCAAUGUUAGUUCCAUUUCCUCUGGGAUGAAUUCAGGUUUGGUUGGCUCCUCUUUAGCCCCAGUAGCAAAGGAUCCAGAGAUGCUGCCUUCAGAUUCUGGAAUCUACUUGUUACUACCAUGAGGCCCUACAGCCCACCUAUAAAUAGGUUUCGGUGACUUCAUUUUCCAGAGAAAAGUCAUUCAAUUAUCAGAGUUGGAAGGAAUUUUACUUUUAUAGAUAAUGCUUGGAAAGGUAAAGUACAGGCAAGCUGCCCACACAAAAGCAAGUUGUAUAAAUUGGGGGCGGAGGUAAACACACAUCUUUGAGUCCCCAGAAACCAUGAGACCACAUUAGCUAAUUAUAGCCUUGUGUUCAAGGGCCUCUCAUUCCCAUUUGCUGCUUCUCACAUUUUCUUUCUUCUUCCUCUCCCAUUGACAGCAACAGGAAAUCAUUCCUAAUUUGUACACUUGCUGUUUUUUAAGUCUCUGGGAAUUUUCCAUGACUUAUCAAGUGGAGGGUUUCAUGGAAAUUUAGCUUUUCCUUUGAAUCUGCUUAGCCAAGAGACCAAAUAUUUUUUUAAAAACAUUAAAUGAAGAAUCUGACUUGUUGCCAGCCAAACAGAGGCUUAAGAAAGGCACCCCCACUGUCCCUGUUUCCUAAAGUUUUCAUCCGGACUGUCAAUUCCACCAUAGAGAUUCCAAAAAGUCAUGGGCCAAAAAGUGGUGGAAGGAGUGGGAAGCAGGUGAGGAUGAAUUAGAAUGGUCAGAAUGAGGUCAGCCCAGAAAUUUACCCUAGAAUACCCUAGAAGAGUUUGCUAACCACAGAGUCUGGAUUUCAUCCUCUGGAAUUGUUGCUUCUUAUUCCAUGUGGCUCAGGAGAGGGUGUUGUUUAGGGGAAAAAGCAGAAAGACAAAACGGAAGGGGAGAAAAAUUCGCUCCCCUAUGGAGAUGCAAGCAGAGAACCUAUAGACUCUUGUGUCUUGUUUUUUUAAGUACAGUGUUUUUAAUAGACCAAAAGAGAAUCUUGAUGAGGUAAUACGUAUGUGAGUGAUGUUUAUGAAAUAGGGUGUAAAAUCUUAACCAUUAUGGACUAUUGUAUAAAUAAAGUUUAGAUAUAUAAAAUAUAGAAACUUAUAAAAGAUCAUUUUAUAGAGCAGGGGACACUUAAGGAAUUACAAAGUUUUCAUAUCUUUGUUCCAAAAAAAUAGAAAGUUCCAAGGCUGGCAGCUUAUUUCCUUAGUAUAUUCCACUGUAAAGGCAAGAACUUUGGUGGGGUUUUAUGUGUUUUCUGGUUUUGUAAUUUAUAAUAAUCUGUAUGGAUUACUUUGAAAUGUGUGUUGCUUGUGUGUUCAUGUUGUUUCCCCAUGCGGAGUCAUCAGAGAUCUGUUCCAUACUUUGCAACUCCGAAAACCAAAAGAAAUUUUCUAGUGAAAAAAAAAAUACAUGGAACAUGCCUUCACUGUUGGGAAACCCUCGGAUUUCUGCCACUGACAGCUUUUUGCAGGUCUGAGGAAAUAGGAAGUUUAAUACCAGAGUUGUUGUCUCUCACUUAAAUAUUGGGUGUUGGUUCACUUUUCUCCUGGGAAGAAUGCACGUAUUUUUGGUCCUUUUUUUUCUUGCACUUGACAUGAUCUGGAGGAAACCAGAAGUCAGGGCCCUAAACUGCCUUGCUUUGGGACCACUCUCCACCAUCAGCUUUCAAAGAACCAUUCACAUGCUAAUUCUGUUUUCUGUUCUGUGAUUUGGUGGUAGAACCACUGCUUUUUGGAGCCCAGUGUUUUGUUUGGGUUUGUGGCUCUGAUGAAGUGUUGAGUUUGCUCUUUCCUAGCCAGACUAAGGAGAAGAAGCCAAGGGAAACAAGGGUCCCCUUGCUGGACACGUCCACCUGCGGCUCCCACCAGCACAGGAGACCCACACCAGAGACCAGGGCCCACAGUACCAUCUGCUUUCCACGUGGGGAGGGGGGUGCCCAUCAUGUCAAAGUGGGGACAUUACCCAAGUCCCCUUCAUCAGAACUGAGUACAAUUCCCAGCUGUAAGCCUGAGAAGCCUGAUGUGUGUUUUAGCAUGGAACAAUAAAGCCGGGUUAGCUGUCCCUCGGGCCUGGUGUUUUCAGGAGCUGGUUUGGAGGGGGAGCGUGUUAUCGAGGGUUAAAUAUCAACGUUGAGCAUUUGCUUUCCCUGGCAGCUGCUCAGGACGUCCGAAAGGGAGGGCCGGGAGGAGAGGCAUCACUGUGUCAGACGGGAACGGCUGGGGGUCUGUGCGGAUGGCCGCCACGGCCUCUUGGAGCUCCCCAGGCUGGGUUCGUCUCUGGAGAGCAAACUCCCAGCUGUACAACCCCGAAGGCCCAGAAAGACCUCGGCCAGAAGCCUUCUCCGCUUGCUUAGCGCGGAGGUCGGGAGCACAGCCUCAAGAACCUAACUGCCUGGCACCUCGCAGCUAUAUGGCCGUGGGCAAAUCACUUAGCUACUCUGUG